UGUGAUAACAGAGGAGUAACUAAGGCAGGGUAAAAAUAGACUACAGUGUAGCACACCUCACUGAUUAAACCCAGUGAUGCCUCGUAGCCUGAGAGCAAUUGUGUCAGACAGACAACCUGUGUUAUUCAAGACGGCUGGAAUAUGAGCGAACCACCACCAGCCUGUAUCAUUUAUGUGGUGCCUCUGGUGCUGUUGUCUCUGGCCCUGUUGGUCUCCUUGUGUCUCAAUAUCAUCCUUUGCAUCAGACAAAGAGCCACUUUGUGCAGAGAUGAGUCCUGCUACCCUGAAAAUCCUCAAGGAGUAACCCUGACACAAAACGAAGGGCAAUAUUUUCAUUACCUCAAUCGUGACGAGCAACAGGAAAAUCCCCACGAUCAUCAUGAGCAACAGGAAAAUCCAAUCUACGGCAACAUCAGCACAGACAGCAGAGGUUCUGUAGAGGGCUGCUAUGAGAUGAUGACCAUGCAACGAACACGAGACUGUGAAAAGCCUUUAGAGCCUGACCUGAAUUACGCCUCGUUGGAUCUGAAGAUUGCCAAGAAACACAAGAAGAAGCAUCGCCACCAGCAAAGCCAAACGCAGGGACGAAACAAGCUUCACGAGCAGCUGUCGGUCGCCUUCACAACUCCUGUGCCAACCUUCUUGGAGGUGGACGCAGAUGUGGAUGCUCUUCUUCCUUCUAGAGACACCAGCACGAUGGUUUCACACAGCAGCAUCUACCUGAACAGUCAGCAGAUAGCCCAAGAGGCAGGGGAAAUGGAAAGAGGAAGGAGCACAAACAUGGAGAGGGAGAAUGUCGGUUGGGAUAGUAUGCGAAGGUACGAGGAUAGGGGAAGUAGAGAGUGGAAAGGAGAUCAAGAGAGUGGGGAAAGAAUAGUCCAACAAGAUGGUAGCAAUGGGAAUGUAUGUCCACAGCUUUCAGAGGGGGAAAUUAUUAACUGUGACAGUGGCCAACACGAUUAGACAAAUAUCAUACUAAGACUUUUUCAGUGUUUCAAACUGUUCUGAACUGAAUACUAGAGCACCUGAAAUACUCAGGAAACUACUAUCUAUCACUGUAUCGCCAAGAGUAAAAAACUGUGUCAUCUUGAUUAUUCAAAGAGCUUCACAAAGUUGAGUAAUAUCCUGUUUGACGCAGACAAACUACCUCUUGAACUCUCCAUGUUGGGCAACUUAGGAAAAUAUCUUUCUUUCUUUUGUAUCUUUCUGUGCAGAGGACGCAAUAAGUGUAGAACUUAUCAAAAGAAAAGGAAAGUAUGUCUGACAUUUAGAGGUCAAGAGCCACGUGGAAAUUUUCAAUUUGUUGCAAAAGACGUGGAAAAUCUCAAAUCAUCACAGGACACAGAAACAACUUUCAUUGUUUUGAUGCCUCAUAAUCACACAUGAACGGAUGUCUUAUAAAAAGGUGUGAAGUAAAAGCUAAUCUUACACUUAUUUUCCACAGCGUAGGCGAUGGCUUAAUCACGACAAAUCUUGUUGCCUGUUUCGGGCAAAUGAAUGAAUUUGCUUCUCAGUCCUGGUAAAACUGAAGAUAACAUUGAUGUGAAGAAAAAAAUUAAAGGCAAGAAGGUGAAAAGGGGAAGGCUGUAAGUGGAGGCAUUUUAUUCUCCCUGUGGGCAAACUGUUGUAUAUUGUUCAUGCCACAUGAAAGUGAUCAUCAUGGCCAUUACCUUUAUAAUCUGUUGCACUUAUGCGCCAUCUGCUUAAAUGAUUAUUUCGCUCUCAGCAAUCCUCGUUCUGGGCGGAUAAUUUACUGGCCUGCUUUCUGCUGAGGGAGCUGAGCUCUGAAGUGAACUCAGCAGUCAAAGGCCUGCAGCACACUAACUGUUUGGUGACAGUUUUUCAAUAGCUGACCAUGGCCUACUUUCCCCUCUAUGGAUUAAUUUUCGGCUUGAGGCAUUUCCGAUGUAACUGCUGCCGGUAUAUGGGAAGCCAAGAAAUAACACCCUCACAAAUGAUAGUCUACUGUAGUGAUAGUCACAUUUUUUUCUAAAUUGUGCUCCCAUAAAGACCAGCUCAGUCAUAUACAAAGUUGUAUUUAGUCGUCUUUUUCAUAAUGCAUGACUAAAUAUCAGCGAUAUUUGGGCUAUAAGUAACAUAAAUGACUCAUCUAUGAGUCGCUACAUUGCAUUUUACACUGUGUACCCAAGUUGGAUUGCACAGAAUAUUUCCUUGUUUUUGUUGUUGUGGGUGACAAUAAAAGCAGUCACUUGUUUUUUUUUGUUGUUUUUUUUUUAUCCAGCUAAAACAGAGCUAAAGCUUUUAAAGGUUCUUGCAAUGGCAGAUGGUGGCAUGAUGACAGGUAAAAGGAAAAUCAUUUUUGGCUUCCCCCCCCUCUUUACAAAACAAAGGCAUAUGUCAAGAUAACACUGAGGUAUGAUCGUUAAAUUGACAGUGACGGCUUAAUGUGUACAAAUGCUCUUAGUUUCCGCCCACGAGCCUCAAUGUGGCUCAGAGAGAAUAUUUUAAUGCAGUGGGUUAGACCAUCAAAGGCUCUCGCUACAAUUUAAUGCUUCUGUCGCAGCGUGACAAUAAAUGCUGGUUGACAAAAGGAGGAUAUCAUUUAACUUGAUAAAUGAAGAUGACUUUUUUUUUUUCCAGAGUGUCUAUGGUUUUCAUUAAACGGUUAUGCAAUGCAUAAGAAUGGUUCAAUCAAA